AACUUGCAUAUUUUGGUGAUUUCAAACUAAAGGAGAAAGCAGAAAUUUUCAAGAUGAUUGAAAGAACAUUCCGAGCCACUUGCUUCGUCGUAUUGUUGUUAUUCUAUUGUCCAGGUGCUGGAGGAGAAGAUGAAGCUAGAAUUGCCGCCUGCAUGGCCGCAGCUUUAGGAUUAGCAGCAGGGACUUCCUGGUUCCUUCUUCCUCUUCUUGGAUUUACGUCAACAGGAAUAUCAGCUCGAUCAAUUGCCGCUCAUUUGAUGUCUUUAUCAGCAACAGCUAACGGAGGUGCAGUCGCUGCAGGUUCAUGGGUUUCUUUCUUGCAAUCACUUGGAGCAACAGGAAUUACACCAUAUAUGGUGAAAAUAUUGGAAAAAGCUUACGACAUAUGCUUAGUAGCUGUUAGAGUAACAAAAUAAGGAGAACUGGUUCACAGACAAUGUUUUAUGCAUGAAUACUUGUAUGCUUUUUUCAUACUUUGUAAAAAAAUUAUCACCAGAACAAGGAAAAUUGGGGUUGGAAUAUAAAUACCUGAGAUACAUGCAUAAAGAAACAAGUAACCUUUUAACCAAAUAUUUAUGUCUCCGGAUAGAAAGACCACGGGGUAUAUUGUUUUUUGCAUGUCUGUCAUUCUGUUAUUCCGUUUGUUUGUUUGUCUCAGUCUGACUGUUGUCUUCUUUUACCUAACCCAUAGCAGUUGAGUGGUUGGGGCUAUAACUUUAAAAUUUCAAAGGUGUAUUCUUUGUGAAAAGACCUUACCUUGGGUACCAACAAUUUCGAUCUUGACCUUCGAGCUCGACCCACUCUCCCUCCCCCCCCACCAAAAAAACCACUUCAAUUUGGCCAAAUUUUAAAACGUUGGACCUAAGGCUUUCAUUCCACAGAUAUGUAUUCAUUGCAACAAGACCUUUCAACUGGUAUAAGUAUCUCUGACAUUGACCAAAGAAUUUAACCCACUUUUUUAAAGUUUUAACCUUGGUAAAAACUUUUGAAUUGUCAAAUCUAGAGCUUUCAUAUAUCACAUCUGUAUUCCUUGUAACAAAACUUUCCUUUGGGUUUCAACACUUCUGACCAUUUGACCUUGACAUUUUGAGUGUGACAUGCAUUUAGGCGAAUUCAAUCUUCACCAUAAGCUGUAAUACAAUUGCAUCAGUGUUUCCCAAACACAUUCUGUAAAUAAUCGAAUUUGUUUAACUUUUUUGUCUUAGUAAAGAUAUUUUGACAGAAAUCAGGUACAUGUAUAACAUUUUAUAUACCGAUAUUCACCGUCUGUAUUCCUUUGAAUUCAUUUGCAAAAUAUUCAUGCUGUUGUAUCACUCAGCCACCUAUUUAUACAAAAAUUAUCCUUCCUUUAUAUUCACUGAUUACUUUUAACGAAAGUGCAAUGAACAGCAACACAUUAGGCCUAUUUGUUUGGAUAUAGCAAUG